CCAUUUUGAUGGACAAGUAAAACUGACUGCCUAAACUCUAUUUCUGGUCAAUAUUCCCGGUUAGUUUUUUUAGUGAUCCCCAAUCCACCACCUUCGAUCCGUAUAUAUCCAUGCGUUGAGUCUCGUCUUCUGUUUUUUUACAUCGAGCAUCUUCAGAAACAGUGGUGCUGCGAGAAUUAUUCACCGUUGUAGCAAGCUGCUACAUCUUGCAAUGAAAGUAAUGGGACAUUGCCGUGAAGGCAGAGGAAUAGACAGGAACUUGGAUUAUGUCUACCUCCCCUUCAACGUGCAGAUAAAAUGACAGGCAUUGUUGAUGUAUGCCGUAGUGUAUCCAUAAAAAGGCGGAAUCAGCUACAUGCAUGACACAGCACAUAGCUGUGCUACUGCUUUUAGCUACAGCCCCUGUAGCUCUUUUCAAUAUUUAAAAUGCUGAUGCUUUUCUCGAGGAUGGCAGUAUAUUUCGUUCUUCACCGCACAGAACGAGCUCGGUCAACCUGAACUGGUGAAAUUCAACCGACAUCUGGUACUGACCCAAAGAUGGCACAUCCCAAUCAAGCCUCGAAUCGUGUAUACUCCGCGUUCGCACUCCUUGGUGUCAUACUACUCAUCACACAAUUGCCAUACCAUCUCCGGGCCGAAAGGACUGGCACUUGCUUGUUCAUUGUAUGGCUUAGCCUGUCGAUGCUAAAUUCGUCUAUCAAUUCUAUCAUAUGGAGCAACAAUACCGUCAAUUUGGCUCCGGGAUGGUGCGAUAUAUCUUCUUAUGUGAUAGUUGCUUCAAAAUACGGUGUACAGCUUGCUCCAUUGUGCAUAGCUCGUCAGCUUUAUCAUAUCACAACUAUGAAGACUGUAGGGCGGAGCCGCUUUGAAACCAGACGUGAUAUGUUCACCGAUCUUUUCAUCGGCAUCGGCCUUCCUCUGCUGCUCCUGCCGCUAUAUUAUGUUAUCCAGGGAAACCGCUCUAUGAUAGUAGAACAAGUGGGUUGUUAUUUCGUGGCCAUAAGGACGCCGCCCGCAUUUCUGCUCUUUGCCAUGUGGCCACCAAUCUUUGCCUUCGUCAGCGCAGUCUAUUCUACUUUCACUUUUUGCGGUACAAUCCGUCGAAAAUCCCAUAUGAGAGAAGUCAUGAAAAGCAAUGAAGACCUUAGUUCUGGAAAAUAUUAUCGCUUGAUGGUUCUUUUCGGUGCUCAAAUCGUAUUGAUUCUACCUUCAGUAAUUUUCGCAUUCGUGAACGACGUGGCUGGCGGUACAACAGUUCCAUACAGCUGGGAUUAUAUACACGCCGGUUUUUCUGAAGUUAGCCAGGUUUCUAUAUCUGCAUGGACAUCCAACUUGCAGAACGCUAUAGCUUUCCAGUGGGAUCGUUGGACAAUUGUCAUCUAUGCCCUAUUGUUUUUUGCUUUUUUCGGAUUGUCAGGGGAAGCCUCACAGUACUAUGGUAGCAUCUUCCACGUUGCUAUAAAACUCUUCGGGUGUCGCCCAUCGACUCCAAAUUCGGACAUUUUGAGGGCCGGGUGUGACGCACACAUUACUGAUCUGACGUCUUUUUACUAA